CGUUUGACAAAAAUACGCUUGCGUCUUCUUGCAUGUGAUUUUCCUAUUAAUACAAUAAAUUACUAAAAUCAAUCAUAUUUAACAUACAAAUAACAUAAUGGCGGACGAGGACUAUGACGGAGACGAUGCGGGAGGAGAUUACGAUGAUAUCGUGGAAGAGGACAAUAAUAUCGAGGAGGAGGCAGAUCAAGACGAUGAUGGGUACAAUAACGUCCAGUGCAUACCCCCGGGGCAGGCUGGCGGCGGGGUAGAGAAGUCUAAACGUAUCACGACACGAUAUAUGACCAAAUACGAGCGGGCCAGAGUGUUAGGAACCCGGGCGCUACAAAUAGCAAUGUGCGCCCCAGUGAUGGUGGAACUAGAAGGUGAGACGGAUCCGUUACAAAUUGCUAUGAAGGAGCUGAAACAGAGAAAGAUUCCGAUUAUCAUCCGAAGGUACCUUCCCGAUCAUUCGUAUGAGGAUUGGAGUAUAGAUGAGUUAAUUAUAAUAGACCACUAGAUUAAGUUUUGUGAUAAUAUAUUAUGUAUUUUUGUAU